AGGUAAACAACAAUGUUCGGGGCGGCCAUGGCGAGCGGCGCCUACUGCUGCUAUUAAUGAAACUUAUUUCAAAAUGGCUAAAGACAGCAUGGAGUUUAUGGAUUCAUGGCUCUGAUCAAGUUGGACACUGGUGUUCUUACACUCCAUAUUAGAUUGUGAUCGCGCUCCUCCGCCAUGUCGUCGCGCGUGUUGAUGCGGCAGCAGCUGAUGCGAGAACAAGCUCAGGAGCAGGAGAGGCGGGAAGCCCAGCAGCAUGCUUCUGCCUCCCAGCUGCGGGCUUCCGACUCCACUCCAGCCAUCUCCGUCACGCUGCCUCCAAACGCUGCCCGGCCACCUCCAGCGCAGGUGCCUGUGGAAGUGCUGAAAGUGCAGACCCACUUGGAGAACCCCACCAAGUAUCACAUACAGCAAGCACAGAGGCAGCAGGUGAAACAGUACCUCUCUACCACGCUGAGUAACAACGGAGUUACUCAGAUGCUAGGUGUGUCACCUGUGCCACAGUGCCGUUCUGCCCCUGAGAUUGCCACCACUGCCAACAGUGUCCCCAACAGCCCAAUGGCCCUACUUAACAUCGGGUCCAACAAGGAGGAAAUUGAAGAUGUCAUCGACGAUAUAAUUAGUCUGGAAUCCAGUUUUAAUGAUGAGAUCAUUACAUUGAUUGACUCAGGCCUUCAGUUACCAAGCACGCUCCCAGGAAAUCUACUGGAUGUUUAUAAUAGCCCUGGAAUGGCAGCACCCACCCUCACUGUUAGCAACUCCUGCCCUGCUGAUCUUCCGAAAAUUAAAAGAGAAAUUACAGAAGUUGACAGCAAAGCUUUUAUGAAGGAGAGACAGAAAAAAGACAACCACAACUUGAUUGAGAGGAGGCGAAGAUUUAAUAUUAACGACCGUAUAAAGGAGCUGGGUACUCUCAUACCAAAGUCGAGUGACCCUGAGAUGCGCUGGAAUAAAGGCACCAUUCUGAAGGCCUCUGUGGAUUACAUUCGGAAGCUACAGAAGGAACAACAGCGAGCCAAGGACGUCGAACUGCGCCAGAAAAAACUGGAGCAUGCAAACCACAGUUUGAUGUUGCGUAUCCAGGAACUGGAAAUUCAGGCACGUCUUCAUGGCCUCUCCUCUGCGAGUAGCAUCUCCUCUUCCGUUACCGGUCUGACCUCUAGUCCCGCCAUACUCCAGCAGCAACAGGUCCCACAGAAUGGCCAGUGCUUACCCCACAGUGCAGAAGCAACAUCUGGGCAAAACCUCCUCAGUUUGGGUGCUUCAGCCAUUGGACACCCUUUGCCCAACUCUUUCCUGUCGCCGCCUUCUUCAGAGUCCCCCGUCGGAGUCACCAUCAGCAGCCCUUUGGACUUGGGCAGUCUGAGCUUUGCUGAGCUUGACGACACCUCUGCCUCAGCGCUCUACCCUGAUGUGGGCUUGGGAGACAUUCUUAUGGACGACGGGUGCACGCUCCAUCCUGAGGCCAUGGCCGAGCCACUGUUCUGUCCUUUGUCACCGGGUGCCUCCAGAAGCAGCAGAAGCAGUUUGGAUAUGGAUGAGGACUUAUGAUGAACUCAAGUGGCCCGCAGAGACUGAAUUACAGCAUGCAGUCUGUCUACGUGUUGGUGAGUCUAGACCAGGGACGGGCAAUUGGUUUUUCCAAGGGGCCACGUGAGAAAAAGAAGCUAUUGUGAAAGGAUAAACUAAAUUAUGCUUAGUGUCAAUUCUGUCUCUUUAGACAAGCAGGCAAAAUGCAUUGUUUUGACAAGAUGCGACUGGUUAGAGUAAAUGCAAUGAUUAAUCAAUGGAUAAGAAACGCAGCAAAUUUAAUCCAAACUUCACAAAGCAACUGUUAAAAAAUGCUGACAUUUGACAUGUAACAUUUUUGAAAGACCAGUAUUAAGUUAGCUUUAUAGAAAUUAGGGAUGUGCCGGGGAAUUGGUAUUGGCCAAUUUUCAAGAAAACGUACGUUAUCGGCCAAACGCCAAUACUCUCUUGCUGACAUGCGGCUAGCAGCUAAUUAUGUGUCUCCAAACACAACACUGAGACGCUCCCCAUAACUAAUAAUAAUUACCUCCCAUAGUAAAUAAGCUGCAUUUCUUAAUAUCUAAAUGGUAAGUUUAGAUAUUAAAUCUGGCUCCACAUCGAGAGGAGCCAGAUGAGGUGGCUCGGGCAUCUGGUCAGGAUGCCACCCGAACGCCUCCCUAGGGAGGUGUUUAGGGCACGUCCAACCGGUAGGAGGCCACGGGGAAGACCCAGGACACGUUGGGAAGACUAUGUCUCCCGGCUGGCCUGGGAACGCCUCAGGAUCCCCCAGGAAGAGCUAGACGAAGUGGCUGGAGAGAGGGAAGUCUGGGCUUCCCUGCUUAGGCUGCUGCCCCCGCGACCCAACCUCGGAUAAGCGGAAGAUGAUGGAUGGAUAGAUAAAUGGUAAAUGGGUUAUACUUGUAUAGUGCUUUUCUACCUUCAAGGUAGACAAAGCACUUUGACACUAUUUCCACAUUCACCCAUUCACACACACAUUCACACACUGAUGGAGGGAGCUGCCAUCCUAGGCUCUAACCACGAUCCAUCAGGAGCAAGGGUGAAGUGUCUUGCUCAAGGACACAACGGACGUGAUGAGGUUGGUAGAAGGUGGGGAUUGAACCAGGAACCCUCAGGUUCCUGGCACGGCCACUCUGCCAACUGUUCCACGCAACCUCCCCAAAUAUUAUUAUCAAGCAUUAUCAUCACUAGACGAGGCUAAACAUGUUACACACCAAAAUAAACCAGAGCAGGCAUGCAAAUAGCUAAUAUAAGCUAUCUUUAAACAACGCAAAGUAAUAAGGGCUCAAUAAACUUUUAAGAAGUGAAGAUGGAACCACGUCACAACAGAAAUUCAGUCGUUAUUAACAGGUAACUAACAAGUAGAUUAAUAAGAGUCUAGAGACACAAUAAUAGAACAACUGUUUGUGUGUCAGCAUUGUCACAGUCCGUACACAACAUGCAUAUGAUUGAUACGAGAGUGAUCAUAUAGAUGUUUUCAUUUUCUUAAAAUCUUUUUUUGUUUUUGUUCAUGUUUACAAACUCAGGAAAUAUUUCCCUGGACACAGGAAGACUUUGAGGGCAAACCCCAAAGGCUUUAAUUUAGGCGCAGUUAGCAGUUUUUGCUUUUGUUUAUUAUUGUGUUCUGUUGACUUUGUUUUGUUUGUGUGGAAUAAAAUAGGGAACUAGUUUAAAUAUUGUGUUGAUAUUGUUAAACUGUCAAUAGCACUCACUAUAGAUAGAAUUAAAAAUGUACUAUUAAUACAUACGAUCGGCCGAGCUUACUCAUGGAUGAUUGGAAUCGGCAUCAUAAAACCUUGAUCGGAAUAUUCUUAAAACAAAUUGUCACAACGUUUUUGCUUGUAAUAUAACCACCAAGCCAUUUUUUUUGCUCAGUUAGCGAAAUUUGAGUUUAUGCUGCGCCUGAACAAGUGCAUGGACGUCUGGUUGGUGGAUAUGAUAACUGUUUUUAGAGAGUUGACAUAAUAUCACAAAGCUUUAUGAAAAAAAAAGGAAAACAUAUUCAAUUUAUUGCAGUCUUGAAACACAAUCUGAACAGUUGGUGUAAAGCUUCAGUAAAUAAAUACAGUCAAACCUGACCGCACAUGGGAAAAACAAACGUACGCUAUAGACCGGGGGCCACUAUACGCAGUCUGCCAUGAUGAACUCACACAUCGCGGAUUAUGGAAGGAAGCACAAAUCAAGAAAUAUUUUAGUCAGAUUAUCUUAAAAAUAGUUAGCAUUUAAAUAGUAACAACAAACUUAACACUGAAUUCCAGCAAGUGCGUUUCCUUCUCAGGUGCAGAGCCUUCCAGGUGCUCCGCUUUGUUGCAUGUCUACUGUGUCCCAGAUCCUACGCUCUAAAGUUCUCCACAGCAAAUACGCAAGUCUUCUAUUUUUACCGGAUGCCGCGGCAAUUCGGCAGAGAUGAGGUAGAGCGGGACUGGAAGUGCGACAGAAACAAAAUAAAUCUGGUUGAUCUUCAGAAAAAAAAGCUGCAUGUUAACCUAUAGCUUGUUUUUUUUCUUACCGUGUUAAAAGCACAGAAAUGUAGGAAAAAUAAGUAAGAACUUCUCCUUAUCUAGUUGGAUAUUCAGCCCGUUUGUUGUUGAAUUUAUCUCCUUGGCAGCUCCACAAUAAAUUGUGGCCCUAUGUAAAGUUUUAUUUGGAGGCUUUAAGUUUUUUUCCCCACAAUUUUAUUCAUGUGAAACAAUUGUUAUACAUUUUUAAAUCAAACUUUUAUUUAAUUUAAUGAAUGUUUUCUACUCAAACCAAUUUUUGGGGAAAAACAUUGUUAAAUAAUGUGCUGUUAACCAAUAUUAGAGGAGGUUUUAUUAUUGUUUACACUAAGAACAGCAAUCUUUAGAAGACAACUCGGGGUGUGGCGAGGACUCUACGACUUUCCAAAUAUCUGACCUCGGCUGGCGUUCCAGUUAAAACUUAUGACGAGGAACUCACUGAGUUCCCAGUACAAAUGGAACUUACCAUAAGACUUAAGCGACUGUUCCCUAAACUAUGGCCCCAAUGUGGCCCCCUGAGUCAAAACGUUUUGGGAACCCUGAGUUAGGCUACAGUAUCAACAUCAUGCAUCAUAGCAAAAAAAUGUAUAUUAGUGACCGGUAAACAAAGUAGAAAAAAACUAUUCUGAGAUACAAAAAAAUGUCCGCUGGCCGCUAUAGAAAAGGUUUCUAACAAUACUUCUCUCAUGGAGGAACAAUUUUAUAGCCGCUUGCACAGGUUUGACUGUACUUUGUAGUCCAUCAUUUGUCAAAACAAGCAUUUUGUUUUCAGUUUUCAGCUAACCUUACACGGUCCAGUCAGGGAUAGGCAAUGUGUCAGAUGUGCCCCUGGGGUCCUUAUUUUGCCCAGAUCUGGUCUAGAGAGUUGGUCAAAAAAACAUUUAAGGAAAAACUUAAAACAGUCAGAUUGAAACUAACCUUAAAUGUCAGCUAGGUUAACAUUGUUUUUCAUGUUCUAUAAGAUGUAAAUGUUAUUGUUCCUGUUUGGAGCGGUUUGAAUGAUUAUGUGUGGGUUUAUAAAUGCUAUAGUAAGUAUAUAAAUAUAUAUAUAUAUAUAUAUAUAAUAUUGUACACUAGGGAUGCUUACAUUUUUAUUAACAUUCACAGAUAUUUUUUAAAGACUAAGAGUAAUAUACGUUGUUUUUUUAUUUGUUAUGUGUUCAUUUAUAGGGAAUCUUUUUUUAAUCACAUGACAAUAUUGGCAAAAACAAGUGAUAUGAGUUUUUUUUGACUGGAAUCAGGGUUUGCUUGCUUGCUCUUGCGGUGUGUGUCGAGCAGGUAUACAAGGGAUAUUCUUAAAGUGAAUUGGCACAUUGUAAAAUACUUUCUUUCAUAUUGUAUAUAAGAAUAUUUUAUUUUCAUCAAUGUCACUGCACCUUAUGUUAUGGUCUAUGCAUUUAUUGAAAUAUUUCCUAUGACAGAGUGGAGUGCAAAGACCCCGCCUGGGACGCAGGUUUUUCUAUGUUACCCAAUGAGCUGCUGCAGCUAUUUAGCCAAAUCAGGACGUAUUGUUGUGUAGCUACAAUAUUCAAUAUUUUCACGAUGAGAAAUGCAGAUCAGUUUUACAAUGCUGCUGUAGAUCAUCAUAUUUUUGAUACCUUAUAAUUGAUCACGGAGUCGUUCGUUUUCUUGUAACCCACUUUGAUUAUUGGUCUUUGUUGUCUGUGGUGAUCACUGGUGGAUUUAACCUUUUUUUUUCUUCCGGAGGUGGAUCCAAUCAUGUUCCAAGUAAACCACUAUUUUCUACAGUGAAAACCUGCCUCUAAAACAUACUCAUAAAAGGCAUUUAAUUCAAUACAUGUGUUAUGCAACUUUUGGUAAUGGAAUGUGUUGCUAAAAAAACCCUUCUGUACUGUAAAAGAGAUUUUUUUAACGAGUCAUAUGCUUGAAUUCAUCCAAAAAAACACACUGAAACAGCCAAAUUUGUUUUAAAGGUAUAUUCAUUAUUAUUAUUUAUUGGAAGAAAAUUAUUUAUAUUAGUUUUAUUAUCAUCAUUCCCAGAUCAAGCACAGGAUAACUAUUAUAGCACGUCCAACCCUUUCACAAAUGUAAGUUUUUGUCUUCCUCAAUAUAGCAGAUUUUAACAAAUAAACAUGUUUUUUUUCCCCA